AUGUCUGUUAAUGACGUUUUGAAAGGCAUGGGCUACAAAUUCAUAGCCGAGAUUGGUGAAGGCAGUUUUUCCCAAGUCAAGCUCGCCACCUCGCAGAAGCACCACUGUAACGUGGCCAUCAAAAUUGUGGACCGCGUAAAGGCCCCAAAGGAUUUUGUCCAGAAGUUUCUCCCAAGGGAACUGGUGAUUUUGAGACGAGUGAAUCACAACCACAUUGUCCAAAUGCACGAGUUAAUUGAGGUGGCUGGUAAGCGACUGUGUAUCGUGAUGGAAGCUGCAGCAAAAGAUCUCCUUCAGAAGAUACAUGAAGUGAACCGCAUCCCAGAAGACCAAAGCAAAAACUUGUUCUCUCAGAUGGUGAGUGCCAUCAACUACCUCCACCAAAUGGAUAUCGUCCAUCGGGACCUCAAAUGCGAAAACAUUCUGCUGACAGCCGAAGAACAAGUUAAGGUCACAGACUUUGGUUUUGCCCACUGUGUUCAAGACCCUUCAGAGCUCAGUCAUACCUUCUGUGGUUCUGCAGCCUACACUCCACCAGAAGUCAUCAUGGGAAUGCCGUAUGACCCUAAGAAGUAUGACAUAUGGAGCCUCGGGGUGAUUCUAUAUGUCAUGGUGACUGGAUUGAUGCCAUACGAUGAUACCAACUUGAGGCGACUUAUCCGUCUUCAAAGGAAGUCUUUGGUUUAUCCGGAGGGCGCUGGUGUUCAGGAACCAUGCCGGGUCUUCAUCCGUACUCUGCUCCAGUUCAGUCCUUCCACACGUCCAACCAUUCAACAGGUGGCAGAACAUCCGUGGCUGCAGAUGGGAAAGAGCUAA